GUCGUUAAGAAGAGAGGGAGAGAGAGAGAGAGAGGAAGAAGGGGGGAAAUGUCCAACGCAGUGAAAAGAGCUUUGCAAUCUCCGUUUGUGGGGAUCGCUAUUCUCGGCACGUUAACUGCCGCUCUUUUCUUCAAUUCCCCGCUGCAACUCAAUCUCGGUUCCACUUUCUCCUCCUUCAACUUCAAUUCGCUUCUGCAGCGACCCCAGAGACUCUUCACUGUCGAGGAGCUUGCUCUGUACAACGGGACCGACGAAACAUUACCCAUUCUUCUCGGCAUCCUUGGUUCGGUGUUCGAUGUAACCAAAGGAAGAUCUCAUUAUGGAGUUGGAGGGGGCUACAAUCAUUUCGCUGGAAGAUCCUUUACUGACUCAUUUGCUCUCUGUGUUCUUUGCAAGCAUAGGGAUGCUUCGCGAGCAUUUGUUUCUGGGAACUUUACAGGAGAUGGGCUGACAGACUCUGUCCGUGGCUUGUCCACCACUGAGGUCAAGAGUAUUGUUGAAUGGAGAGACUUCUAUUUUCGAACAUACACGUUUGUGGGGAAGCUGGUCGGUCCUUACUACGAUGAACAUGGAAAUCCCACGAAAUCACUGAAAGGUGUCGAAGCAAAGGCAGCAAGAGGCAAGCAGCUCGCGGAGAAGCAGAAGAAGGAAGAAGCCAAACAAACCAGUUGCAACUCCAGGUGGAGUCAAGACGAGGGUGGGGAGGUGUGGUGUGAUGAUGGGUUCCCGAGGUUAGUGCAGCGACCAAUGGAGAUUGCUUUGACGGGUAAAAUGAGCAGGCGAUGCGCAUGCUUCAAAGAAGAAGAAUUGGGGCAGCCAGGUUUAGAAGUUUAUAAAGACUGCGAUCAUCUAGCCAAGAGUUGCCGUGUCUAGUUGACAUGAGGAGUCCGCACUAAGUUAGGUAGCUGUUUGUUUAGUUUAGAUAAACUUUCAGGAUUCAAGCUCGAGCUUACAGCUUUAUGACCCAGAAGCAAGAAAUUUGUGAUGCAAUGCAGUGAACUUGAAGCAACUUUUGUUCUGUAUACUAGAUGCUUCAAACUUCCAAAACUAUGAUGCAUGUAAUUUGGGCGAAUUUGAAUUAUAUACUAAAAAAUUAUCCUUGGUUUUCUGUGACGAU